GGUACAAGAUGCCAAUGCAAAGUUAUCAAUUAAGAUUGUGAACAUUAUCGAGAACAUAAAACCAAUACUGAAACAGCCUGGCGGCUCUGCAUUGAUGUUGCUAGAGUUCAGAUUGAUUGAUGGACAUCUGGACAACAUGUGGAUAAACUUUGGUCAUACUCUGAUGGCUGAAAAUUGCCAGUUGGUUCGGCCAAAGCCAAAAAAAUGCAAGGCCAACUGCCUGGUGAUGAGGACAUAAACGGAGAAGCAGGAUAGGUUUAUACAGAAGUAGAAGCCAAAGCCAAUGGCUACGGGCAAAACAUAGUGGUACUAGAAAAUCUAGCAAUGGACGAACAUCUAAAUGCAGAGGUUAGAUGUGAGGCAUCUGGUCUUUUGCAGAAAAUGGAGAAGCUUGAGACAGUAAUUCUCUUAGUAACAUGGCAGAACAUCCUUAAGAGAUUUAAUGCAACAAGUCAGCAUUUGCAGAAGUCAGGCCUUGAUUAAAACACAGCAGUAAAUCUACUCAGAUCACUGACCGAGUUUGUUCAAGAUCAACGGGACCGGUUCGAUGACUACGAACAGAUUGCUGUCCAAAAAUGUGGUCAUAAUGAAUACAAAGACGAUCGAGGACGUGUGUGAAGGCGGAAGCAACAUCACGAUGAAGCAGACAGCGCAGAGGACACAAAGCUGUCUCCCAGGGAGAGAUUCAGGACCACAUCAAACAUACCCAUCAUUGAUCUGCUAAUACUGUCACUCAGAGAUUGCUUAAAAUCCUAUGAAACACUCCAGCAAUGGUUCGCAUUCCUGUCUAACAUCAUCAUGCAUCUGCCAUCAAUACAUAUCCUCUCAGGUUUUGGCAGUGCAAAUAGUACCCUUGCUAAAGUGCAAGGUUAAAAAAACCUGCUCUCUCUAGCAACAAUAGGCUCUCUGCCAUUGCGACUGCCUUGUCAAAAGUGAUUGAGAGGCAGUGCUGCACCGCCUAAAGGCCUACCUGUACACGCUGGACAAUCAGUUUAGUUAUAAGAAAGGGCACGGCACUGAGAUGUGUGAAUGAACACUGAAGAAUAUCAAUGAGUACUACACUUCCAGGGGCUCACUUGUCUACCUUUGCUUCCUUGAUGCCAGUAAGGCCUUUGACAGAGUGAACUACUGGAAGCUGAUCAAUAAACUGCUUGUAAGGGGAACUCCUGGGUACAUUGUCAAGCUCUUAAUGUACUGGUACACUACCCAGGAAUUUAUGUUAAAACGGGGGGCUUCCACUUCGCUACCAUUUAAGAUAGCCAAUUGUAAUCGCCAGGGAGGGACCCUGUCUCCCUACGUGUACAAAGUCUACACUGAUGAUCUCACUGCCGCUCUGCGUGACACAGGCACAGGCUGCCACUUACAUGAUAAGUGAAUCAACUCACUGAGUUAUGCUGAUAACAUGGUACUGCUGGCACCCACAGUGGAGGCUCUGCAGGACCUUAUUGGAGUGUGUCAGGCGUAUGCUGCCAUGCACGAUAUUGUCUACAACACCACCAAGACAGAGUGCAUGGUAGUGCCGCCACCACACUCAAUUAAGGGUGGACUACCAGACAUCAGCAUGGCUUGGUGCCCUUACAUUUGUGGAUAGAUUCACAUACCUGGGCCAUGUCAUCAAAAGGAAAAGGACUGAUGAUGAUGACAUCAAGAAGCAGACCACCAAGCUCACAGUCAUCGGCAACAUGCUGCAGAGAAAGUUCUCCUGCAGCACGGAGGCCGAAGGUGAUGGUGGAGGCGGUGGGUCAGUGAGGCAGGUCAUGUGUCCGUGGGUUCAUGACUCUUCCCUCGACUGGCUGCACCGAGGACCCGUGCUUUUAGUGCUCACCCUCAACACCUUCUUCCUCGUCCAUGUCAUGCUGGUGCUGGUGAAGAAGCUUCGGCCGACCCAUGCCCAGGAGGUGCAGCCAAAGUUGAGGCUGGGGCUGCGGGCACUGCGCUCCUUGUUGGUCUUGAUGCCCUUGCUGGGCACACCACACGUCCUCCUUCUUUUGGCACCCUCGCAUGGCACUCUGGCCGUGGUCUUUGCCUAUGCACGAGCCAUCGUACUGUCUACCCAGGGUCUGGUGGUCACGAUCAUCUACUGCUUCCUGAACUCCGAGGUGCAGGAGUCCAUUGGCAACCAUGUAGAGCGCUGGAAGAGCACCCGAGAUGUACCACUCACCUCCACCGGCGGCGCCCAUCCCCUCAAGAACCUCAACUCCCAGGCCAACAACGCUGCAGGGGACUCAACCCGAGUGCUGGAGACAACCCUUGGCGCUACAGAGGGGGCGGACUCAAAUGGGUCCUCAUCGGUGGACGAUCAUCAGGGAGGUGGCACUCAGGGGGAGGUGCAUCGGGCUGACUGUGGAUUGCUACCAGUCUUCCCUCCACUUUUCCCAGUCACCCCCAACUCGUCCCCAUUUCGUCGCCAGGAAGUCAUGAAGCCGCUGACCCGAGGAAGCUGUUCUGGGUCUCUCCUCCUAGGCAGCACACAGGUGACACGCCUCCUAACCAUGGGCUCCUCCACCACGAAAUGCUCAACAGCCACUUCCUGCACUGCAACCUCAGCUCUGCGUGCCCAAAGAAUGAUGCGCCAGACUACCAUCAGCAACUCUGAGGACCUUGAGGCAACCAGAGUGCAAGUCCUGCCCUCCUGCUUCAAGUGCUCCUCCUACCCACAGCUGACUGACUCACAGCUCCAGAUGCUGACGCGGGAAGGAAGUCUUUCUGGCCGGCACAAAUGAUGGAAUAAAUUGAGAAAGAAAAAGAAAAUUCUAAGAUCCUCAGAUGAUUCGAUAAACAUUCGUUGUAUACACAAGCAUGAAAAUUUCACGGUGAUCUUGUUAUUAUCAUAAAUGUGAUUACAUA